AAACUUCAGGCGCUGCGAGCGUGACUCGUGAAAAUUGCUGGCGAAGGCAGACAAAAGCAAAACAGUAGCAGAAAAGGGUGGAUUUUCCGUGAAAAUACAGUGCAAGUGGGAAUUAUUUCGCGUGAAAAAGGAAACUGGUGAUUCGGAAGAGCCAUGGAUAAUCGAUUUGAUGCGGUAAAUGAGUUCGACAGGGGAAAAAUCGUGAAGAUGGAGGUGGACUACUCGUCGACGUGCGACGAGAAGAUUCCCCUGUGCAAGGAAAUGGGCAAGAAUGAGGCCAAAUUCCACGAGGCCAUCGAUAUUCUGCUGCAGCUGGAGAAGCAGACGCGCCUGGGCGCGGAUAUGAUCUCCUGUUCGCGAGUGCUGGUGGCGAUUUGCCAGAUUUGCUUCGAGGCGGGCAACUGGAACGCCCUGAACGAGUACAUCUCGCUGCUGGUGAAGCGGCGCUCCCAGUUGAAGCAGUCCGUGGUGAAGAUGAUCCAAGAAUGCGCCACGUACGUGGACAAGACGCCAGACAAGGACACAAAGCUGAAGCUGAUCAAUACGCUGCGCACAGUAACGGAGGGCAAGAUUUACGUGGAAGUGGAGCGGGCGCGCCUCACGCAGAUCCUGGCCGGGAUCAAGGAGGCGGACGGUGACAUCGCAGGCGCGGCGGCGAUUAUGGAGGAGCUCCAAGUGGAGACUUAUGGGUCAAUGGCGAAGCGCGAGAAGGUGGAGCUGAUCCUGGAGCAGAUGCGCCUCUGCCUAGCCAAGCAGGACUUCGUGCGCACGCAGAUCAUCGCCAAGAAGAUCAGCACCAAAUUCUUCGACGACCCCGAGCAGCAGGAUCUCAAGUUCAAGUACUACGGCUUGAUGAUUCGCCUUGAUCAAGACUCCUCGUUCAUCCGAACAUCGCGCCACUAUCAGGCCGUGGUGGACAGCGAGGUGAUCAGCAACACGCCCGAGCGGAGGCAGAAGAUGAUGACUUUCGCCGUGCUGUACUGCAUCCUGUCGCCGUACGACAACGAGCAGCAAGACAUGAUGCACAAUCUAUCGAAGAAAAAGCUCCUGGAGGAGAUUCCCAUAUACAAGGAGCUCCUGCGUCUCUUUAUGUGCAAGGAGCUGAUCAACUUCAAGGCGGUGUCCAAUGUGUACGGUCAGGAGCUGCUCAGCUUCGAGAUCUUCGACCAGGAGACGGCGCAUGGCAAGAAGUGCUGGGCAGAGCUGAAGAAUCGCCUCAUCGAACACAACAUCCGCAUCAUCUCCAAUUACUACACUCGCAUCAACCUGCGGCGCAUGAGCGAAUUGCUGGAGCUCCCGGACAACGAGACGGAGGACUACCUCUCGCGCCUGGUGAACAGUGGCACGCUCACGGUGAAGAUCGAUCGGCCUUCCGGAGUGAUUCACUUCGCGGCGAAAAAGGCGCCUUCAGAUGUGCUGAAUGACUGGGCGUCUGGGAUCAAUGAACUCAUGAGUCUCGUCAACAAGACCUGUCAUCUCAUCAACAAGGAGGAGUGCAUCAACAAUGUCAUGAGUCCCUGAAGGCAUUUAUCCUCCACUAAAAUCCUUUUUUGCUAAAUAAAAAUCUAUUUGAAUGGA